AUGCUUCCCUCGUGCAUCCUCGCGCUCGUGCUACCAUUCGCUUCCGUUUUAGCCGCCCCUUUCACGGGGCCCACGCUUCCCCCGUACCUUUCCAGCGCGGCGCUCGAGGAGCUCGGCAAGAGGCAGACCCAGCAGUGGCGGACCCAGAACUGGGGGAAUGACUUCUCCAACUACACGUGGUCGCCGGGGCCCAACGGAAGGUUCGCGGUAGACUGGAGGCAGCCCAACGGCGGGAACUUUGUGGUGGGCAGGGGAUACAGUCUGAACAACAACAACAGAAUCUUCAACUACUCGGGCACCUUCACGGUCAACAACCGGGCCUACAUGUGCCUGUACGCGUGGACGACGAACCCGCUGACCGAGUGGUACGUCAUCGAGAACAUGGGCGUGCACAACCCGGCCGACAACGCCAACGCGACGUGCCACGGCCGCAUCCAGAGCGACGGCGGCGCCUACGAGGUCUGGUCCAAGUGGCGCGUCAACGCGCCCUCCAUCAUCGGCGACGCCACCUUCCAGCAGUACUGGUCCAUCCGCACCCGCCGCCACGUCGGCGGCACCAUCAACACCACCGCCCACCUCGACGCCUUUCGCCGCGCCGGACUGCCGCUCGGCGCCCAGCAGCCCGUCUUCCUCGCCAUCGAGGGCCAGGCCGGCAGCGGCGCCGCCACCCUCACCGCCGGCGUCGCCCCCACCACCACCGUGCCCGAGUCGGCCACCCCGACCGCGAGGACCGAGCUGGUGCCGAGUCGCGCGUGUACGAGGGUGCUGUGA